AUGUGCCGGCGUGCCUUCUCCUCUCCUCUCCUCUCCUCUCCUCUCCUCUCCUCUCUUCUCUUCUCUCGUCUUGUCUACUGUCAGGAAACGCCUGUCACGCAAAAGCUGGGGUUGAGAGCUCCACUUCACGUUAAGAGCUCGAGAAAGGAACCCGGAAAUUGCGUUUCACAACCUGGAGGGCCCCGGCGUGACAUUCACCGGCUGGCUUGCUUGGCCGGAGGAGAGAAGUUAAAGGGAAAGGUUGGGAAAAACACCCAAAGUCCAGGCAACAUGGCACUCCUUCAAACGGCCCUGUGUUUGAGCAAAAGGCAGGCUCUCUCUCCGCGAGGCGUCACUCUCAAGAAGGUCCUCGUCGACAGCUGCCGGUCGUCCUCGUCCGGCGUCGUCCCCAACGAGAGGAUCCGCAACAUCGGUAUCUCCGCGCACAUCGAUUCUGGGAAAACUACCCUGACCGAACGGGUGCUCUACUACACGGGGAGAAUAGCGGAAAUCCACGAGGUGAAAGGGAAGGAUGGCGUUGGGGCCACCAUGGACUCUAUGGAGCUGGAGAGGCAGAGGGGCAUCACCAUCCAGUCAGCUGCCACCUACACUAUGUGGAAGAACCACAAUAUCAACAUCAUUGACACGCCAGGUCAUGUGGACUUCACCAUCGAAGUGGAGCGAGCCCUGCGGGUGCUUGAUGGCGCCGUGUUGGUCCUGUGCGCUGUGGGUGGAGUCCAGUGUCAGACGAUGACGGUGAACCGGCAGAUGAAGCGGUACAAUGUGCCCUUCCUCACCUUCAUCAACAAGCUGGACCGCAUGGGCGCCAACCCUGGAAGAGCCCUGCAGCAACUGAGGACCAAACUGAACCACAACGCCGCCUUUGUGAACAUCCCCAUGGGGUUGGAGGGCAACAUGAAAGGCAUCAUAGACCUUGUAGAAGAGAAAAGCAUGUAUUUUGAAGGACCUUUUGGACAAGUCAUCCGCUACGAUGCCAUCCCAGCAGAUUACCGCGCAGAGGCCGCGGACCGCAGACAGGAGCUGGUGGAAUGCGUUUCCAAUGCCGACGAAAUCUUAGGAGAGCUGUUCCUGGAGGAAAAGGUUCCGACCAAGGAUGACCUGAAGGCUGCCCUCCGCAGAGCCACGGUGCAGCGUCUCUUCACGCCAGUGUUAGUGGGCACGGCGCUGAAGAACAAAGGUGUUCAGCCCCUGCUGGACGCUGUGCUCGAUUUCCUGCCGAACCCCACCGAGGUCAAAAAUUAUGCCAUCCUCAAUGAUGACGAUUCAAGUGAGACAACAAAGAUCCAAAUGGACCCAACAAGAGACUCCACAAAGCCCUUUGUCAGUCUGGCCUUCAAACUGGAGGCAGGUCGCUUUGGUCAGCUGACGUACAUGCGGGUGUACCAAGGUUGUCUGAAGAAAAGCGAGUACAUCUACAACACGCGCACGAGUAAGAAGGUGCGCGUGCAGAGGCUGGUGCGCCUGCACGCCGACCAGAUGGAGGAUGUGGAAGAGGUGUAUGCAGGGGACAUCUGCGCUCUGUUUGGCAUCGACUGUGCAAGCGGAGACACAUUCACGUCCAGAACCAGCGAUAACCUCUCCAUGGAAUCUAUUCACAUCCCAGAAUCUGUCAUUUCCAUGUCAAUGAAGCCAGCCAACAAGAAUGACCUGGAUAAAUUCUCCAAAGGCAUCAACCGCUUCACCCGCGAAGAUCCCACAUUCCGAGUUCACUUCGACACAGAGAGCAAAGAGACGAUAAUCUCGGGCAUGGGUGAGCUCCAUCUAGAAAUCUACUCUCAGAGGAUGGAGCGAGAGUAUAACUGCCCCUGUGUGAUGGGAAAACCCAAAGUGGCUUUCAGAGAAACUAUCAAUGACCCUGUACCGUUUGACUUUACUCACAAGAAGCAGACCGGAGGUUCCGGUCAGUAUGGUAAAGUUAUAGGCGUCCUUGAGCCGCUGGAGCCAGAACAUUACACCAAGUUGGAGUUUGAAGACCAGACUGUGGGAACCAACGUCCCAAAGCAGCUUGUGCCGGCUGUAGAAAAGGGCUUCAGGGAGGCCUGUGAAAAGGGGCCACUUAGUGGCCACAAAAUCUCUGGGGUGCGAUUCCUUCUGGAGGAUGGAGCACAUCACAUUGUGGACUCCAAUGAGCUCUCCUUUAUCCGUGCAGGGGAGGGAGCUCUAAAGCAAGCAAUGGAGAAGGCCAACGUCAGUAUCUUAGAGCCCAUCAUGUCGGUGGAGAUCGUGGCGCCUCAGGAGUUUCAGGGCGUGGUUAUCUCAGGGGUCAACCGUCGCCACGGAGUUAUCACGGGCCAGGAUGGAUCUGAAGGGUACUUCACUCUGUACGCCGAUAUUCCACUCAACGACAUGUUUGGAUAUGCCACAGAACUACGCUCUACCACUGAAGGAAAGGGCGAGUAUACAAUGGAGUACAGCAGAUAUCAGCCGUGUCUGCCAAGCACUCAGGAAGAACUCAUCCACAAGUAUCUAGAGGCGACAGGCCAGCUGCCUACUAAGAAGAAAUGGAAAAGCUGAGAGUGCCAUAUUUCUCAUCAGCGUAGGGCUUUAUUGUUCAAAUGCGUGGAGCCCAAACCUUUACACUGUGGAUCAUGUAAGUGGAACCUCCUUGCCUCUUGUCUGAGAAAGAUUCAUUUAUUUAUACGCUCAGAUGUGCAUCAUGAACAGCCAGAAUUUGAAACUAUCAUGGUUAAUACCUUUUUUAGGCACGUAAGCUUAUCAAUAUUCAUUAGAGAUCCUGCAAAUCAGAGACGAUACUCAUUGAUUAGUGACAAUAUUACAUUGGGGCGGGUGAAAACACUUACAUUUCACACCUCUAUCCCGGCAUUGUGGAAUAUCCUUACGAACACUUGAAACCCAUACUAGAAAUGUAUUUCAAUGGCAGUUUUUUUUUUUUUUUUACACGUUCAACAGAAAAAUUUAUGUUGCAUGACUGCAAUGGGUGAAGUACGAUAUAGCAAAGGGUUGCUAUACUAUUCAAACUAUUUACAUUUGGAGAUUAAAGCAGAACCUUUUUUUUACAGUUUUGGUCAUAUUUUUAUAUAGCUGGGAGGAAUUUGAAAGCGAUAUAGCAUUCUUUAAAAAAAAUUGUAAUCAGGCAAAAUACAUUUAUUUUUUUAUGGUAUUUAAAUGAAACUAGAAAGCAUUUUGGAAUAUUAAAGCAUAGCAGUAAUUAAAAUUAUGACAUGUUCCCUAUUCAGUCAUCAUAGUGUCCAAAAUUACCAGUAUUUCACAAACUGUGCCAUGGUAUAUAAACAUCUGAGCACCACUGUACGUUAUUUAAAUGUCUCAUGAGAGUUAAUGGAUUAAAAAAAAAAUCUCAAUAUUUUUACUGUUUUGAUUAUUUAUUUUGUACUAUGUACAAAAUGGCAUUGAUUUCUCUAUGACUACAACAAAUACAAAUGGCAGAAAAAAAACGGACUGUUGAUUAAUUUUUAUACACACACACCACAUUCCUCAUAAAGAUACAGUAAUUAAAUUGCUCGCACAGAUUGGUCCU